AUGAUAAAAGCACAUCAAACAAUCAGGCUGCUGAUCACCAUUCAUUUCUAUGUCCUCGUGUCCAUAGGAUGUGAGGUCAAGGCUCUCUCGUUUCCGCAAUUGAUACAAUCAAACCGAUUGAGGAGGGAUGUGAAGGAGAAGGGAUCCAACACCAUGAAAUUGGAAGCAACAAGCCAAUCAGAUAGUCCCUCCUGGCAAGAUGGCGGAAAAGUCGCGGUACAGAUUGUAAAAGACAUUUCAUCUGGCGCGUCACCGCUAGAGGUAUCGGAAGCUUGGAUGGAGCAUCAUUGGCGACGAGGUGGGGGGUUGCCUAUCUUUGUUACCACGCCCCCAUCUCUAGAAUUAUCCUCUACAGAAAUGAAGCGUACCAUUUAUCCCAUCGCGAUGAAAGAGGAAAUACUUUCGUCAGAAAGCCUGGUACCGGAAGAAAAGAGUUCUGAGGAUGAUGCUGCAGCAGCAAGUGCACCGCCCAUCAUUAUUCGAUAUCUUGUGUCAGAAGCGGGUCCUUUCUUUGCCGAUCUUGUUCCAGGUUCCCACCAGGGCACUGUCACCAUUUCUCAAGAAAACAAAAUGAUUUGGGAAGUCGAGUUUGAGACGACCAGACUACGCGCUCUUUAUCAGAGUGUGACGGAAUUCACAGUUGGGAUCGCUGCUCGCACCGUCCAAGAAGCUUGUGGACCCACACGGCUCCUGACAUUGAAGGCCGCGAUUCCCAGUCACGCCGCUACAUCCAAAGAAUCACCAGAGAUACAAUCAAAAGAUGCCCCAUUGUCAUUGGUCGAACUAAGACGUGAGCUAUUGGACUUCUUUUGGGCACGAGGAGGUGGAUUGCCGCUACUACCGCCCAUUCCAUAUGGCGACAUUCUAAAAGACGGCGGUGGAAUGGCACGGUCUAAGCUGCUGCGCAUUCCUCCGGCCAUUACCGAAUCGAUUGUAUCUACUGAUAGCUACACAAAUGACAAUGGCAAACAAGUUGCAGAAAUUGUCUACCGUUUGGAAGAACCAGGCUGGUUGACAUUUCCAUUUCUACUCCAUACACAUCUGGGACGAAUCCAACUCAUUUCACCGUCAGGGGAGGACAGCGAAUCAUCAUCCAAACAACUCCACUGGCAAGUGGAAAUUCGACCUUACCCCUUUGCUUCUGCAGUGAUAGAGAAAUUAGUUGACAUGACCAUUUGCACGAUUGUGAGAAACUUUCUCGUUCACUUGGAGGAACCCGGGGUAACCGUUCCUCUGAUGAUACCAGCAUUAGAAACUCUUUCUUCUCCAGGCCACGAUUCAAACCAUACAAUGAGUAUCAGCAUCCCAAGAGCAUCCUGGUGGGGCGGGGUGAUUGAGAAACUCAAUAGUACACAGGGUGGGCAACGACAAGACACGAAUUUGUUAGAUCGAAUAGUUCGAGUUGUCGCGCCGUGGACAUGGGGUCGCAUGGGGAACGAAGACGAGGGCGACGAUGUUGUAUCCUAUUCUUGGACAUCUGACGAGAAGAUCGAGUUGCAAUAG